AUGGAUAUCAUCACCAAAGGAUGGACAUUCAACGAAGACGCUCUAUCCGCCAUGAGAAGAGGAUUCUUCGGUGAUGAAGCUGGUAUCGGAGAUGACACAGGCAUACCAGAAGGUGUCGCAAACCAUCAGCCAUUUGAUCUGAGCACGAAGGCAGCGAUGGCCGAGAUGGAGAUGAUCAUGUAUCCUGUUGUGGAGGAUGCCCUGAAGGCUUCUUGUCUGCAGCCGUCAGAGGUUGACAUCCUGAUCACGGCGACAGACUCCUAUGUGCCGGUGCCAUCCAUGUCCGCCAUGAUCGCCAACCGCUUCGGCAUGCGCACCGACCUGCUCACCUACAGCUUGGCCGGCCAUGGCUGCACCUCUGGCAUCAUCACUGUCGACCUCGCCCAGCAGCUCCUCACGGCGGCAAAGGGGAAGAAGGUGGCUCUGGUGGUGCUCCAUGAGAACUGCACGGCCGGAUUCUCGCGCAGCAACGUCCGUGCAUGCGCUGCAGCCAACGUCCUCUUCCGCCUCAACGGAGCCGCGAUUGUGCUGUCAAACAGGCCCAAGGAUCGGCGGCGGGCCAAGUACGAGCUGAUGCAUUUGGAGCGCACCCUGCUCGCCACGGACCAGGCUUUCAACAGCAUCAAGGUCCGGCAGGAUGAAGACGGUGAGACUGGAGUCUUUAUUCACAAGAAGGAUGUCCUGCCAGCGGCCAGCCAGAGCAUCAAGCUGACCCUCACCAAGCUGGGCCCCCGCAUACUCCCCCUCUCUGAGCUGAUACGGGUCGCACUGAGCAAGCAGUACAAGCCGGACCUGGCGAGCGCGUUUGACCACAUUCUCAUCCACACCGGCGCGGCUGCGGUCAUCUCCGCGGUGGCGCGUGGGCUGGGCCUGCCACCCAAGGCGGCUGUUCCCUCCCUGGAGACCCUGGAGCGCUUUGGCAGCACCAUGAUGUGCUCCACCUACUACACCCUCGCCAACCUGGAGUCGCAGGGAGCUGUCAAGAAGGGCCACAGGAUCUUGCAGCUGGGGUAUGGCUCGGGCUUCAAAUGUGCGGCAGCCUACUGGCGCGCUCGUUGUGACAUCAAGGAUGCCGAGCACAAAGCCUGGGAGCCUUAA